AUGGCAAUUUUAGAGUAUACAGGUUUUGGUAGAUUGGCGAAACGCUUCUGUUGCCGCUGGAGAACAACUUGGAAAAGUAUCGGUUUGAAUCGCUGGCUACGGUGAUUUAUUCGUCGGCGUCGUUGAUGAAUGUGGGAACCUAUGGAGGAGGAGGAGGAGAAAAAAGCGUCAAUGUGAUUAAAGAAUCUUCGCUGUCGUGGUUUGGUCCAGAGGAGAUGGCGCCAGAAACGGGAGAGAGGCCUUUCAUAGGCGAGACCUCUACCACGGAUAAGAAUGAGGGACUUGAUGCUGAUAGUGCUGGUGGGCAACUCCUUAAAAACAUCAAGAAAGCAAAAAAUAUUGCUCUGAACUUCGCCGGCUUAUUUGAGCGCUGUGUCGCGGAGAUCGCCAAAUUCUUGCUACAGGAGGAUGAGUUUGGUCGCUUACCUUCUGCUUCAGAAGCAACAUUCAUCAAAAGUGCUACUUCUAGCUGCCUGAAGAUUCUGGUUUACCCGAACCUAAACUAAGAGACGAAGGAGGAAGGAAGCGUCAAGCCAGCGGAAAUGAUACAUAAUGAGCAUCAUAUGCUGUUGGAGGAAAUGGGAGCUGUGGGAAUUGACCUUGUUGUCGGCUGCCAUUUUGUCUCUACGGUGGUCACGAGAGGGGCUAUAUCAGGGGCACUCGCGUGACAUAGUUGGUGGUGAAGACCGAGCAACAAAUUACUGGGGGAUGGUGGUGAACGAGGAACCACUCAGGUAGUACAUACGACCACGAAGAUUCGUCAGAUCAUCGCAGUUUCGCAUCAUACUUUAUAAAUGUUAAUAUUAUGAAUAUGGUGGUACAGGUACUGCCUGCUCGGUCAAUUUCAAGGCAAUAAAAAGAUCCAUGCAAGAACAUGUUGUCACUGAGUCGACGUCUGGUAUGGACUCUUUCUGUUGAAUAACAACAACUGCGACAAGAAAACUGAGGAGCUGCUUUUCUCCUGAUUAAU